GGUACUGGGAGCAUGGCACGGACACCAAUGGUGGCAUUCAGAAGUACCGGGAGUGUGGCAUGGACACCUGGACACCCACGGUGGCAUUCAGAGGUACCAGGAACGUGGCACAGAUAUUUACGGUGGCAUUCCGAGGUACUGGGAGCAUGGCACGGAUGCCAAUGGUGGCAUGUAGAGGUACCAGGAGCAUGGCACGGACAGCCAUGGUGGCAUUCAGAGGUACCAGGAGCAUGGCACAGACACCCGGGCACCCAUGGUGGCAUGUAGAGGUACCAGGAGCAUGGCACGGACACUGAUGGUGGCACGCAGAGGUACCAGGAGGACGGCAUGGACACCCAUGGUGACAUGCAGAGGUACCGGGAGCAUGGCAUGGACACCCACAGUGGCAUUCAGAGGUACUGGGAGCACGGCACGGACACCUGGACACCCAUGGUGGCAUUCAGAGGUACUGGGAGCAUGGCACGGAUGCCAAUGGUGGCAUGUAGAGGUACCAGGAGCAUGGCACGGACACCGAUGGUGACACGCAGAGGUACCGGCAGUGAACCGGCACUCCGGGGCACACCAGUCCUGCCCACCCCACAACUUUGGCUUCUAAUCAUCACGUCAGCCGCGCGGCCGGGGCUUUGUGGUCGGCGCAGGGUCACGCUUCAGGGCGAGCGGAGGGGCAGGCAGGAAGCGGGGGGCCGUCUGACGAACCUUCCCCCCGUCUGCCACGUGCUCCGGCUCUGCCCUUUUUAGACCCCGUCUUCCCGCAGCCCCGGCAGCGUUUCGGCAGCCUCGCGCCGUGGGGAGCAGCCGGCGCCCCGAAGGGUCUUCGUGCCGCCCCGGCUUCAACCCGAGGACUUCGCCACAGGCUGCCACCGCCGUCGCCGCGCGUGGUGGCUCCAGCAGCCUCCGAGGGGACAUGGUCUCUGCCACCCUCCAGCUCUCCGCCGGCACCCCCAAGAAGGAGCCCGAGCCCCAGGACAAGCCUUGCCCCCAUGGGCAGAGCAAGACCCCGUCCGGCCUCGCUCCGAGCGCCGGCAGAGGGGCACCAGGAGAAGGGAAGGACUCCACGGCUGCGGGGGGGAAGCCCCGGCUGGGCGCAGCACCAAGCGUGGCCGUGGCCAUCCAGCGCGUUCCCAUUCCCGUGCUGCCCGGGGACAGCGAGGGCUCAGGGCUGAGGCUCCUCCUGGUCGGGAGGAGCAGGGCAGGGAAAAGCUCCACCGGGAACAUCCUCCUCGGAGAACGCGUGUUCAGGUCCAACUUUGGCACCCAGACGGUGACCUCGAGCUGCUCCCAAGCGCAAGGGCGCUGGGGCGACGAGGACGUCACGGUCAUUGACACGGCCGAUAUCCUCAAUCCGAGAAUUGCCAUCGGCCAGGCGUACAAAGAAAUUAGUCAUUGCGUCAGGCUGUCCUCCCCGGGCCCCCACGCGCUGCUGCUGGUAACCAAGCUGGGCCAAUUCUUCGAGGAGGACACGAAGGCCGUGCAGAGGCUGCAGGACAUUUUUGGAGUCCACGUUUUGAGGCACACCAUCGUCUUACUCGCUCACGCAGAAGAGGCGGCGGAGGGCUCGCUGCAGGAGCACCUGUGCUCUGACAGCAGCAACGCGCUCCUGGACCUGAUCCUGCAGUGCGGGAGAAGGUACUGCAGCUUCCACACCAGAGCAGUCGGUGCCCGACGGGACCAGCAGGUCGCCAAGCUGAUGGCAAUGGUCUACCAGGUGGUGCGGGAGAACGGGGGCAAGUGGUACGGCAACGCCAUGUUCCUGGAGCCCUCUUUAACGCAGGAGAAAGUGGAGUAUCACAUGGGGAGGCACAAAGCGGAGAGGAAAAUGAUGGAGCGAUCCUCAGCUCUGCCAUGCCGCAUGCUUGUGGGUUUCAAGGUACUUUUCUUUGUUUUUGCUAUGGUUUUCCUGAAUUUCCUUCUUGUUCCCAAGUCCCGUAUUUUGUGGUGAUGACGAAUCAGAGAGACAUAGGAACAUGGAGGCUGGCAGGGACCUCUAGAGAUCGGCCAGCCCAAGCCCUGCUCGAGCAGGGUCCCCCAGAACUGGUUGCUCAGGACCACGAACCCGUUGGGUUUUGGACACCUCCAGGGAUGGAGACACCACCACCUCCUUGGGCAGCCUGUGCCAGCGCUGCGUCACCCUCAGUGAAAAAGCUUCCUGACGCUUAAAUGGAAUUCCACACGUUUCCGUUUGCGCCCACCCCGUCUCGUCCCGACACCGGGCACCACUUGGUCCCCAUCAGGUGCGGGCAGGAUCCCCUCGGCUUCCUCUUCUCCAGUCCCGGCCUCUCCCCAUCUGUCAGAUGCUUCGAUAGCCCGGUCCUCUUUGAUGGACCCGCUCCAGCGUGUCCACCUCCGUCUGGGACACGCACUCCGCUCCACGGACACGCGCCGCGCUCCAGCCCAGGGAGUCCUCAUGUAAUCACCACGUAUUUCCGAGGGAGAUUAUAAACUAAAUAAACUUCUCUU